AUGUACUACUCAGGAAAAUCAGUUAAACGGAACCUCGAGCCUAUCAAGAGCUUGGUUGAUGAUGGGACAAUCUUGUUGAAAAAGCGGGGAAAGAAACCUCAUGCACUCCAAUUUCUUAAGAACUCAGUAGUUGUGUGGAGGUUCGGCCAUGAACUUCACCAAAUGGUGUCUGUUUUGGCACCAAUUGCGAAAGCACUAAAGUGUCUCAAGGCCAUUGACUCGACACCAGCCAAUGUCUACUUGUAUUGGCUGGCUGUCAUGGCAUCGUUCCUCAAUCUCUUCAAGAAGAAUAAUGAAGAUAUCGAGCUCCCCUUAGAUGUUGUGGAGGAUAUACAGCACAUUGUGAACCGCCGGUAUCAAGAGAUGAUUAAAGGCCCAGGGAAGUUAGUGUAUCUUGCAAUGUUCUUCCUUUAUCCCCAUAUGCUCUGUUUUUCAUUAUUCUACCAAAUUUUACAUUGA